AUGUAUUUGCCACGGAGAAAGAGGCUUCAGUGGAGUCGGGUCCUGUUCUUUCUCUCAGGUGUUCUAUUGUGCUGUAUCUACCAGCUGAGCCUGAGGGCAAGGCUCACAGAGCCCUGGCCAGAAGCUCAGAUUGCAGAGUAUCCUGAGGAAGAGCUGAAGCCUUCAACUCAAAACAUCAUGCCAGUGGUAGAAGUACCUAAUCACACUGUGGUAGAGGAUUUCUCAGAAACAGCAACUACAGAUACAACGACGGCAACAACUGCAGAAUCAACUACAGGAACAACAGCAGGAACUACAGAAACAACGUCAGUUACAACGACAGCAGCAACUACAACAACAACAACCACAGAACCAACUACUGAACCAACUACAGAAUCAACCACUGAGUUAACAACCUCUAUGACCACCAAUCGGACUAAGCUCAGGCAUUGCAUCUAUGUGGACGCAGACCCGUCCAAGCCCACCGCGGCACCCACACUGACCCCGUUUCCCAACACCACCACCCCCAUCCCCACGCCCAACACCACUCUGGCCUCCCCCGGCAACGCCCCGCUCAUGAAGGGCGAGUAUCCCCGUGACAUCUUCUCGGUGGAGCAGCGACGGCAGGGCUGGGUGGUGCUGCACAUCUUCGGGAUGGUCUACAUGUUUGUGGCCCUGGCCAUCGUUUGCGACGAGUUCUUCGUGCCGGCCCUGGGGGUCAUCAUCGACAAACUGGAAAUCUCGGACGACGUGGCGGGGGCCACGUUCAUGGCCGCGGGAGGUUCGGCCCCCGAGCUCUUCACGUCCCUGAUCGGGGUGUUCAUCUCCCACAGCAACGUGGGCAUCGGCACCAUCGUGGGCUCGGCCGUCUUCAACAUCCUCUUCGUCAUCGGGAUGUGCGCCAUCUUCUCGCGGGAGAUGCUCCACCUCACUUGGUGGCCGCUGUUCCGGGACGUCUCCUUCUACAUCCUGGACCUCAUCCUGCUCAUUGUGUUCUUCCUGGACAACACCAUCAUGUGGUGGGAGAGCCUGAUCCUGGUGUUGGCGUACUGCUCCUACGUCCUCUUCAUGAAGUUCAACGUGCAGCUUGAGCAGGCCUUCAAAAAGCAGCUCAGUAAACACAAGAACAUCAUUAAGGUCCUCAGUGUGGAGGAGCCGGAGAAGGACAUUGGAUCAGGAUCCGGUGAGGACAAGAAACCUGACAAACAAGAGGCCAAGAAUCAUUUAUUGCUGAAGCCUCCUCUGCAGCGAGGGGGCAGCUCAGCCUCCUUACACAACAGCACCAUGAGGAGCACCAUCAUGCAGCUGAUGAUCCACUCCCUGGACCCGCUGGGGGAAGGUAAGUUUAAGGAUAAGGCUGAAAUCCUGAAUGACAUGGCUCAGAAGAAGGAACCGGGGGGGUCCGGGGGGUCCGGGGGGUCCGGGGGUUCGGAUAGCAGCGACGAAGACGACAGCGACGACGACAGCGAUGAUGACGACAGCGAUGACGAUGAUGAAGACGAUGAAGAGGAGGAGGAGAACGAGGAGCCCCUGUCUCUGGAGUGGCCGGACACGCCGCGGAAGCAGGCCACGUACCUCCUCCUGCUGCCCAUCGCGUUCCCUCUGUGGAUGACCAUCCCUGACGUCCGCAACCUGGCCUCUAGAAAGUUCUUUGCGAUGAGCUUCCUGGGCUCCAUAAUGUGGAUCGGUGUGUUCUCAUAUCUGAUGGUGUGGUGGGCGCACCAGGUGGGGGAGACGAUCGGCAUCUCUGAGGAGAUCAUGGGCCUGACCAUCCUGGCGGCCGGGACAUCCAUCCCUGACCUCAUCACCAGCGUCAUCGUGGCCCGUAAGGGCCUGGGUGACAUGGCCGUGUCCAGCUCGGUGGGAAGCAACAUCUUCGACAUCACCGUGGGGCUGCCCGUGCCCUGGCUCCUGUACUCCACCUUCCACAACAUGGAGCCCAUGACCGUGAGCAGCAACGGACUCUUCUGCGCCAUCGUGCUGCUCUUCCUCAUGCUCCUCUUCGUCAUCCUCUCCAUCGCCUUCUGCAAGUGGAAGAUGAACAAGGUGCUGGGCUCCACCAUGUUCCUGCUCUACUUCAUCUUCCUGGUGCUCAGCGUGCUGCUGGAGGACCGGAUCAUCGUCUGCCCCGUGUCCAUCUGA